ACACACACAGUAAGCAUGUUCAACUCAAUUUCACUUCAAUUAAAUUACUUCUAUAUUUCUAUUCUACUUUUGUAUUCAAUUUCGUGCAUUUAAUCGAUAUAUAUGCUUGCAAUUAGCUGUAUCGAGAGUUGAGACGAAUCGACGAUUAUGUAGCGAGUUUUGUUUGUGUAAUCACGCACAGAAGAGCUUAUCUGCUAGCGAAUUUUAGAAGUUUUUCACUUUUAUUUCUGAAUUUGAACUGUCACUUUGUUAGAUUUACAACCAGAGUGACUCGCCAUAGUAUUUUCCGCUAAUGGCUGACCAGAAUAUCGACUACGGAAAAAGAUAUAGCCAUCAGCCUGAUUACCCCGCUGAAGCAAAGGAAUCACACGGUAUCGGACCACAAGAUACGGUGUAUAGAUACUUGUGCCCUAGUAGAAAAAUCGGAAGUAUAAUCGGUAGGGGCGGUGAAAUCGUGAAGCAACUGCGGUCAGAAACUAACGCAAAAAUCAGAAUUAGUGAAAACGUGCCCGGUUGUGAGGAACGAGUUGUCAUUAUCUAUAGUUCAAGCGAACAAACUAACAGUUGUGGAGAUACCGAUGACCUUGUCUCACCCGCACAAGAUGCUUUAUUCAAGGUACACGAUAGGGUUAUAGCUGAAGAAGCGCCUGGUGAUGAGUUUGAUGACGUUCAACAAGUUGUUGUGCGGAUGCUUGUGCCUUCCGAUCAAAUCGGAUGUGUGAUCGGCAAAGGUGGACAAGUUGUUCAAACUAUACGUAAUGAAACACACGCUCAAAUACGUAUUUUGAGUAGUGAUUAUCUGCCAAACUGUGCGUUGAGUUCUGAUGAGCUUCUCCAGAUAAGCGGAGACCCUACAGUUGUUAGAAACGCUCUUUACCAACUGGCAUCUCGCCUUCAUGAUAAUCCGUCACGGUCCCAACAUCUACUUUUGUCUUCUUCUAGUCUCCAUAGAGCCAGUGGUGGCUACAUGGGCCCGAACCCAGGCCCAUUUUCUUUAAUGGGCCCAUACGCGGGUUACCGAAAUGAUUCAGGUGAUGGGGUCAGGGAAUUCUCGCUUCGUUUCGUUUGUCCUGCUGAAAAUAUCGGGGCGGUGAUUGGGAAAGGUGGUGCGAUUAUCAAACAAAUUAGACAAGAGUCGGGUGCGUUUGUUACGGUUCAUAGCUCUGCGGCUGAAGGAGAUGAUUGUUUAAUAACUGUAUCUGCAAAAGAGUUGUUUGAAGAUGCAUCACCAACAAUUGACGCAGCAAUGCGUUUGCAACCUCGUUGCAGUGAGAAAUUUGAAAAAGAUUCCGGGGUUUUAAUACUCACUACUCGUUUUUUGGUUCCAAGCUCGCGAAUCGGAUGUUUAAUCGGUAAAGGUGGCUCGAUUAUUUCGGAAAUGAGAAAUUUAACAAGAGCAAAUAUCCGUAUUUUAAAUAUUGAAAAUGAAAAUCUCCCCAAAGUUGCAUCUGAAGAUGAACAAAUGGUUCAGAUUACUGGAGAAAUUAAUGUUGCUAGUAAUGCUCUUUUACAAGUAACGACACGCUUAAGAGCGAAUGUGUUUGAGAUGGACAUGCCGGAUAUGUCGAGGCAUGACAACCGCGAUGGUAAUUUCCGAGGAAGCGGGUCCCAUGUAGUGAGUUAAGGUAAUUUUAAGUUAGUAGGGGCGUGUUUGGCUUUGUGUUUCGAAAGUGAUUAUGUGAAUUAAAUAAUUCACUAAACAAUAUCAACUAUGAUUAAGACAUCUGUUCGAAAAUAUUAGUGUUUGGAUUUGUUUA